AUGCUCAUUUCGUAUUCGACAGCAGCAGUAGUUCUUCUGGCACAGCUGAUGCAGUAAGUUGGUGAAGCCUUCGUACUGCUGCAUGAGGUUGUCGCCGCAGCAACGUCCUUAUCUUAUCCUCCAUCUUCCCCAACCCAUCACCGCAUCAUCAAUAACUUCACCAAAACCAUGAAAUGUGGCCGUUUUCACCAUGUUUAAUAUAAAGAAUGGACCAAGAUCAAAAAGCAGCAAUCCAGCGAUGGGUCGACCACGUCACCGUCAGCCAAGACGAAUCCCUGUCCGCCCAUGAUCACCAUAUCCCAACGCCGUCCUCGACCUCCCUUCCCCUCCAUCAAGGGCAAAAGCGGAAGACAACAUCCAUAUCCCAAAUGGCUCAUCCCGAUCCCCUCAAGCGAAUCCGUCUCAGUGAUGCUGACAGAAGACGGUCUACACUGGGCGCUCUGAGCGACAACAUCACACUUUCCCCGUCUCAGACCGGUUCAAAUUCGAACACGAGCCGAUCCCGGCCGCGGUCCUCCAGCCCAACCCGCGUCAAGGACGACUUGUCUUUUGCGUCCCCACGAGUGAGCUUUGUGCACGAAUCAACGGACCCGGGCAAGGAAGUAAAGGAUUUGCUGUCAUUUCUCAUGGAUGAUUCGAGUCCAUGGGAGGCGGACACGACCGAGAUCCAGAACAUCACGGCAGCGUCAUGCAAAUGCGCAAUUCAGCUUCGCAGUGAGGGGUCUUGGGUCAUCGAAGUGGCUCGUCCGUUAUUGCAGUUGGCCAUCGGAGAACAGCCGUUGGAGUGCUGGAGCGUUCAAACCGAGUCCGUUGAUCCCAAAUACCAGCCACGGUAUAUCGCUCGUGAUACCUGCAAUCGCAAGAUAGACCUCGUCGUUGGGUUCCCCAGAGAAGAGUGGGUGGAUGUAUACAAACGAGUGGGCGGUCAUAUUCGCGAGCGAUGUCAGAGCCACAUUUCUGAUCCUCACACGGGCAGGCAGCUACUGGGUCUGGGAUUAGAGGUCAAGGCAUCGAAUGGGGACCUGGCUGAAGCCCAGGUUCAACUAGGUGUUUGGAUGGCCGGUUUGGUGUCCUGGGCUUUCGACCAUCGCCGUGAAGCUGUCCUCCCGCCCCCGAUUGUCGGGUGUAUCGCGAUGGGCGAUCGGUGGGAGUUUUACAUUAUCUACGGCGUGGAAGAUGAAACCACCAGAGAGCUGGCAGAAGUGGUAGGGCUCAAUCUUUCUUGUGCCGUGAAGUGCUAACUGUUGUUGUCCAGUGUGUCUGGGGUCCUCUCUCGGACCUUGAUGGUCGGACUGGGAACGAGCGACACACAGCCCGCUU